AUGAGCUGGGCUUGGAGAGCCGGCACGGCGUGGACGCGGCGAUGUCUGGCCCCGAGUCUGGCGCGCUGCGAGGAGCGCCUCUUUCGCCGCGCCUACGCCGCCGCGUCGACGAAGCCGUCGCCCAAGGAGCUCGAGGCGCGCAUCGCCGCCAUCCCGAUCCAGCGGUACCGCAACUUCUGCAUCGUCGCGCACAUCGACCACGGCAAGAGCACGCUCAGCGACCGCCUGCUCGAGCACACGGGCACCAUCUCGGCGAGCGACGCCAACAAGCAGAUCCUCGAUAAGCUCGACGUCGAGCGCGAGCGCGGCAUCACGGUCAAGGCGCAAACAUGCACCAUGAUCUACAAUUACAAGGGCGAUGACUACUUGCUGCACCUCGUCGAUACGCCCGGCCACGUCGACUUUCGCGCCGAGGUGACGCGCUCGUACGCCAGCUGCGGCGGCGCCCUGCUGCUCAUCGACGCGAGCCAGGGUAUCCAGGCGCAGACCGUCUCCAACUUCCACCUCGCCUUCGCCCAAGACCUGGCCCUGGUGCCCGUCAUCAACAAGAUCGACAUGCCGUCGGCCGACGUGCCGUCUGUGCUCGACCAGAUGGAGACCAGCUUCGAGCUGGACCCCAAGGACGCCGUGCUUGUGAGCGCAAAGACAGGCAAGGGUGUGCCACAGGUGUUGCCCGCUGUGGUGGAAAAGAUCCCGCACCCGCUGGGAGACGAGAACGCGCCGCUCAAGUUCCUGCUGGUCGACUCGUGGUACGACAACUUCAAGGGCGUCGUGCUGCUGGUGCGCGUCUUUGACGGCACAAUCCGCGCCGGCGACAAUGUCAUUUCCAUGGGCACGGGCAUGAAGUACACGGUCGGCCAAGUGGGCAUCCAGUACCCGGAUGCGACGCCGCAGACGGUCAUCCGCGCGGGCCAGGUCGGCUACGUCUAUUUCAAUCCGGGCAUGAAGCGCAUCCAGGACGCCAAGCUGGGCGACACCUUCACGACGGUCGGCAGCGAGGACAAGGUCGAGCCGUGUCCCGGCUUCGAGGAGCCCAAGCCCAUGGUGUUUGUGGCAGCCUUUCCCACGGACCAGAGCGACUACCAUCGAUUAGCGGACAGUAUUGGGCAGCUGGUGCUCAACGACCGAAGCGUGACGCUACAAAAGGACUUUUCCGAGGCGCUCGGCUCGGGCUGGCGUCUGGGAUUCCUGGGGAGUCUGCACUGCUCUGUCUUCCAGGACCGGCUGCGUCAGGAACACGGGCGGAGCAUCAUCAUUACAGAGCCCACGGUGCCGACCAAGAUUGUGUGGGCGGACGGCAAGGAGGAGGUGGUGCAGAAUCCGGCGCUGUUCCCAGAUUCCAGCGACCAUCGGAUCCGCAGCGCCGAGCUGUUUGAGCCAUUUGUCAAGGCAACCAUUACUCUGCCGCAAGAGUAUCUCGGCCGGGUGAUUGAGCUGUGCGAGGCCAACCGCGGCGAGCAAAAGAGCCUCGAGUUCUUCCACGGCGACCAGGUCAUCCUGGUGUACGAUAUACCCGCGGCACAGCUGGUCGAGGACCUCUUUGGCAAGCUCAAGGGCGCCACCAAGGGGUACGCUACGCUCGACUACGAGGACGCAGGUUGGCGGCAGAGCAAGCUCGUCAAGCUCCAGCUCCUCGUCAACAAGCAGCCCGUCGAUGCCAUCUGUCGCGUGGUGCACUCGUCGCAGGCCGAUCGCAUCGGGCGGCACUGGGUGACCAAGUUCAAAGAGCACGUCGACCGGCAAAUGUUUGAGGUCGUGAUCCAGGCCAUCGUCGGCAACAAGAUCAUCGCGCGUGAGACCAUCAAGCCGUUCCGCAAGGACGUGCUGGCCAAGCUGCACGCCAGCGACAUUACGCGGCGGCGCAAGCUGCUCGAGAAGCAGAAGGAGGGGCGGAAGCGGCUCCGGGCGGUGGGCAACGUGGUGAUUGACCAGUCGGCCUUCCAGAGCUUCCUGUCCAAGUAG